AUGAGUUCCACAUCAAAGCAAGGGCCACCAAAAUUGCUUCUUACAAGAGACGAGUGCAUUAGAGCUCAAGGUCUCCUGAAAGCACUCAGCAGACAGCCAGGAGCUCAUUGGUUUCGCUUACCUGUUGACUUUGUCGGGCUAGGCCUCACAGAUUAUCCAGAAAUUAUCAAGGAGCCUAUGGACUUAUCAACAGUCAGAAAACGUCUCGUGAAUAACGAAUACCAAAAUUUAGACGAGUUCAUUUUUGACGUCCAAUUAAUCUGGGACAACUGUAAAACUUAUAAUCCAGCUGGAUCAGUAUUUUUUAAACUAGGUUGUUGCUGAAGAAGCAUCAAAAUGCGAGCAGUUCAUGCAUGACUAUUGCACAGAACACAAUAUCCCUCAGCCUUCCCCUAUAAGAAGACCAAGAGAGCCAGUGAUUCCUGUCGAAGAAAAAACUGAGCUUUCUGAGCUGGUUAAAAAAGUAAGCCAUGAUGCAUUGGCGCAUAUCGUGACCAUUGUGGAAAAUGAAUGCCCUCAAGCUUAUACACAGUUGGAUAAAGAAAGAGUAAUGAUUUCUCUUGACAUGAUAAAUAAAGCUACGUUUGAUAAACUGAAAGAGUAAGACUUAUGAAGGGUAAUACACACAGACGUUGGGAUGCCGAACAAAAAACAAAAAAUUGAAGAGUAA